UUUACUGUCUGGCUUUGGCCAAUAGGGCGAUAAGGAUCCAGCAGAAUGGGAUGACGGUGAAUCCUGCUGGUGUGCUGUGAAUGUGAAGCAGGAGGGACUGGCAGUUUGUGUGCAGGAGGGAAAGCGAAUAGGUCCAGGGCCCCCGGAUUAGCAGACUGAGGAAAGGCCUCCGUGUUUUCGGCUGCCUUGCAUCCCCAGAGGUGUACAAAGCCCUGGAUCAUAAGUUUUCGAACAGACUCGGAGAGAAGGAAAAUAUAGCUGAAAAACUACACGCACACAGAAGCGUUACCCAGGACUGGUGACACCAUUGUUCAGCCUCUCUCGUGCUGAGAAGGUUUCCACACAACGCUGCAACAAUGAAUUUCCUCCGGAGGCGUCUCUCAGACAGUAGUUUCGUGGCAAAUUUGCCCAAUGGCUACAUGAUGGACUUGCAGCGCCCUGACAACUCCACGAGCUCCCCGGUUUCUCCUGCCACGGAGAGAAAGCAUCCGCAGCCACUGCAGCCCUCACACUCUUCCUCUACUGGCACCAGCAUCUUCAGCUCCAUCUCCAGUGCCAUGAAGCAAACCACGCAAGCGGCUGCAGGACUAAUUGAUCACUCGGCCAGCCCCACACCACCUGUGGCCCAGAAACCCAAGAUCCUCCUGGUGAUCGAUGAUGCGCACACAGACUGGGCCAAAUAUUUCCAGGGGAAGAAGGUGAAUGGAGAAUUUGAUAUCCGAGUGGAACAGGCUGAGUUCUCCGAGCUGAACCUGGCUGCUUACGUCACAGGCGGCUGCAUGGUGGACAUGCAGGUCAUGAGGAACGGCACCAAGGUGGUAAGGUCCUUCAAGCCUGACUUUGUCCUGAUCCGGCAGCACGCCUACAGCAUGGCUCUGGGAGAGGACUUCCGCAGCCUCAUCAUUGGCCUCCAGUACGGUGGCAUCCACACGGUCAACUCCCUCUACUCCAUCUACAACUUCUGCAGCAAGCCCUGGGUGUUCUCUCAGCUCAUUAAAAUCUUCAACUCGCUGGGUCCUGAGAAGUUCCCCCUUGUGGAGCAAACGUUCUUCCCAAGCCAUAAGCAGAUGCACACAACUCCGAGUUUCCCCGUAGUGGUCAAGCUAGGACACGCUCAUGCUGGAAUGGGGAAGGUCAAAGUUGAGAACCAACACGACUUCCGGGACAUGGCCAGCAUAGUAGCCAUGGCAAAAACCUAUGCCACCACCGAGCCGUUCAUUGACUCCAAGUAUGACAUCCGAAUCCAGAAAAUCGGCAGCAACUACAAGGCUUACAUGAGGACGUCCAUCUCUGGAAACUGGAAGGCAAACACAGGUUCUGCGAUGCUAGAACAGAUUGCAAUGACAGAGAGGUACAGACUCUGGGCGGACGCCUGCGCGGAAAUGUUUGGAGGUCUUGACAUCUGCGCUGUCAAAGCUGUCCACAGCAAAGAUGGAAAAGACUAUAUCAUUGAGGUGAUGGACAGCUCGAUGCCCCUGAUUGGGGAGCAUGUGGAAGAAGACAGACAGCUUAUUGCCGAUCUGGUAGUUUCCAGAAUGACUCAGCUUGUCAUCACUGCUGGAUCUACACCAUCACCGCUGAGGCCUUGGCCUCCACAAGUUCAACCCGCGUCAAUGAAAUCUCAGGCUGGACCUCAGCUUGGACAACUGUCCCAACCACGGCCUCCUCCCCAAGGUGGACCACGUCAGCCUCAGGGAUCUCAGCCUCCAAGGACAAACGCACCUCCACAGCAGCGGCUCUCUCCUCAAGGACAGCAGCCCCAGAGCCCCCAGUCCACUUCACCUCAGCAGCAAAGGUCACCUGGAUCCCCACAGCAAGUCCGAUCAGCAACUGGGUCCUCUCCAGUCCAGGCUUCCAAGGCAGGCGUGUUCCCUCCACAGCAGCCUAGACCUCCUGCUCAAGGCCGGGCUCCUAGCCAGCCAAGCCCCACUGAGACAUCCAAGCAGCAAGCCACCCCACACCCACAUCUGAACAAAUCGCAGUCCCUGACAAACACCUUCAGCAUAUCUGAAUCAUCUCCGCGGGGAAAUACCAAUGAAGAUGAAGCAAAAGCUGAGACCAUCCGCAACCUGAGGAAAUCAUUUGCAAGCCUGUUUUCUGAUUAACAGCCCUGCACCUGGAUCCGUGCUUUAGUCAGCCUUCACUCUUCAUAUCAGCGUACCUGAUGUCAUCCUGGAAUAUACUCAAUGGUACCCAGCGAUUCACAACUAACACCUGGGUAAACAGAAUUUAAAAAACUAUAGUUGUUUUAAUACAAAGAAAAUAUUCUAAUAACGGUCUGAAAAGUGACUGUAUAAAAGUGGCACUAUUUCAUUGUUUUUUGUGCAUAAUCAGAAUCACAUCUGUUCAAAUUACUGAGCUGUAAAGCAAAUUUUACUCUUGCUAAUCCCUGUGGAGUCAACGCAGUUAUGACAGUGCAAACUAGAUUUUAUUUUGAUUUGUAUAUAGUCAAUACAAUUGCUAACUUCCAAUUACUGAAUUCUUGUUGAGGUCGAGCUUAAAAAAAAAAAAAAAA